UAUUUGCAUAUGGCGAGUGCUAUUUGAGAAUAGAAAGACCAAGACUUUGGCAAAGAUAAAAAAGAAGAAUAUGAGAAUGACUUUCUCUUCCCAUACUCAUUUGCAUCCUCCGGCAGCCAUCAAGAAGAGAUGCCACCUAUCUCGGAUAAAGCUCAAGGGGAAGCUGGCAACGAAAGAGAUGAGGAGGAGAGCUGUGGAAUUGAAGGGGGAGAUGGAAGAGAUAAGUGAAGAGCAAAUGGUGAUAAAAGAAGAACAAAGACAAGUUGGAGAGAAACUGGAAGCCAUAGAAGAAGAAUGCCAGAAACUGAGGAAGGAAACUAAUGUGAUCAUUCAGCGGAGCGCUCAAACUCAACUUCGUCUAGCUCUCAUGUUUCAAAUUCUCAAGGCCAGACAACAAAAUGACUUCACCAAGGCUGCUCACCUCACCCUCUUGCUUCGUGGGAUGAUAUCAACUUCGGCCGUCAAGCAUUGAGUGAUAAAAUUCUCUGCCUAUUGCAAUCAAAUUAUGUGUAAUCUAUAUGCUUUCAGUUGUUCUACUUCUUAAAUUUGGCUAUGUUCAUCUUCAAGACAUUGUAAUUCAAUUUGAUCUGGUUUGUGAUGUACUUAAAAGUUGAGUAUAAGUCAAAUAUAAAUUACCCUUUGAAUCAA